CUAUACCGAAUCUCACCAUUUUCUCAUUCUUCCUUUCUCGCUUUCAGUACUUUAUACUUCUUUUGACUGAAUUUUCUUUUCUUCAUCUUCCACUUCACUGCCUUUUUACUUGAUGUACCGAUAUAAGCUGUAGCAACUCGGAUCAUUACGCAGUAAUCCCUGGCCCUAUGUUGAUUUGGAUGGAUGGAUUGACAUGUGUUACGCAUGCCUAGUUACAGUCUACCUUGUCACACAAUGUCAACUGAAUUAAGUUUAGAGUUGGAAAAGGAUAGAAGUGACCAGAUUAAAACAUGUCAUCAUUGCAUGAUGUCUUUCACUGUUGGUGUGAGGCGUGUAAGGUAAUAUCGACUUCCUGAUUGAGGUCUAUGUAGCAUCGGAAUUCGAUGGUUGGACACUAGGUGAUAUGGCUCAUAAUAAAUCCUAAUGACAGUUGCAUCCACGCAUUAUCUUCCUCUUAAUCGUCAUAUCCUAUUUUAUUACUUGCUUCAAGGUCUCUUUUAUGUUUAUGACUUUUGAUUACUUUAUUAUUUAAUUCUCUUUCUUCUUGUUACUUUGUGUUUUGAUGAGGUGUGGUUACUUGGACCAUUACUGCUUAGUAUUAAGUCCUAUUUUAAUACUGAUUUGACUUCGCUCUUGGGGUUUGAAAACAUACUGCAAAAAUAGUUUCAGUGCUGUACUAGUGCAGCGUGAAGGAUGACUUCUCGAGAUUCAAUGUGUACGUCAUUGACUUGGUCACGAUGAGUAUCAACUGAGAGCGUGUUUCUGUAUGUUUAAAGUGAGUGCUGGCUAGGAACAAAUGACUGUCAAAAAUAAAUUGUAGAGAAUAACCACACUUGUCGGUUAGUCAGCAUUGAAUACUGUAAAAUGCCUUUCCAAUUAUCUCAGCUUUCCAGGUUGUAUAUUGAAGUCGCUUGCUGCUAAGACAAUCUUAGCGCAUCGCUUUAUUCAGCGAAAUAGAUAUGUUUUUUGGUGAAACUCAUCAUUUAUGCUCUCCGACCUACAGCCAUUAGGGCACCUAGGUGGAGGAUAAACGUAGACGCUACCUAGUGUCACAGUCUUUUUGUUCUUACGCAUCCACUCAGAUGGAGGGUGUACGAUAUAUUAUCAGUUGAUAUCCAGUUUGAAAAGCGCUUUCUCUGAGUUAGUAUCAUACUUACACUAGGAAGUCUACAAACACUAGUUAUCAAAUACCCGGGAGUGUUUUAAUUCAUGAACUGACCUGUUGUAACCUCGGCUUUCCAAUAAGGGAAGGCAGCAUUAAAAUGAAGUUCUGAUUAUCUCUGGGACACACUACUUUCUUCAUACUCCGUUCAAUCACCAGUAUGAUUUCGCGUAAAUUAUUUGCACUAUGGGGAUUACUUUUGGCUUUACCGCCGUUGAACGAACCUUUCUGGUAUGUUACGAUCAAAUAGAACUAUCGAUCCAGCGAGCCUAGUUCAUAUGGUCAUUGCAGUAAGCAUGCCAGAUCGCCACACCAAGGUAGCGUUUAUUGGUUGGGGUAUUUUAAACUUCGAGAAUUUUUUCCCCUUUCUGAAUAAAUAACAAAGAACAUAUGUAUAUUAUCCUUUUCAGUCUAAAUGCUGUUAACUAAUGUUCGAUAUGGACGUUAUAUACCGUGGAAAAGUGUUCCUGGGAGUCUUUGGGCUGGUAAACAGCGGAAAAUUCCACGUCUGACUAAUGCUCGUAAAGAGGCUUUUUUGGAUGGACUUUUAAUGUCACAUCAAAACCAUAAAUACCUUCAAAAACCCUAUUUCAACGAAGAAGUCGAAGCUGCUACCUUAGCCGAGGAGAAGGAAGAUAAAGUAUUCUAUGAUCGUUAUGCUACGCAAUUCAAUCUUCGUUUCCCUACACGUAAACUGGAGACAUUUUGGGAUAAGUUGUCUGUAACUAAACGUUUUGAUGUAUAA